GCUGGCGCGGACAACUUUACCUUUUGAACUGUUCGUUAGGAAUUCUCGUUGGCGUGCGGCGAAUAACACGGUGUCGAUCUCGAACAAGACGCGAAAAUCGUGGAAAACCCUCAGUUCUAUUAGUGGAAAAUCGGUCUGAUGAUGACGGAAACGGUGGUAAAUGUGCAGGAGGCGCCCAACAACAACGCGCCCAACAAGCAACAGCCUGCUGCCUCCGGUCAGCCACAAUCGGCUGUGGCCUGGAUCAGGAUUAAUUUGAAUUACUUCAAGACGACUCCAGGAAUUCUUAAACUCGUGGAAUUCAUUGUGGGUAUUUUAUGUAUGGCCCUAGCAUCACCUGCAUAUUAUGGAGGAACCGAAUUUUUUCUCUUCGUCGUCAUAACUAGUUUCAUAUUGAACAUAAUAUGGAUAUGUGUCUAUCUACUGGGUAUCAGAGAAGCGAUCAAUGGGCCCAUCAACUGGAUAUUAACAGAACUGUUGAAUACUGGAAUUAUCACAGUCUUCUACAUUAUAGCCUUCAUCGUACAACUCAUCGUGUCUGCAUCGAUAAACCAUUUAUAUAGUCAUAGGGGGCCGUACAUUGCUGCUGGGGUUUUUGGCCUCGUCAAUGCUGGUGUUUUCGGCUUCGCAAGCUACCUCCUCUCCCUCGAAUGGAAGCGCAGCAAAUCAACGAAUUAACUUAUUUU